AUGGAUUACCAAGGGGGCGCUGGCCCGCAAAAGAAGAAGCGUGCGUAUGCCGCUCAGGCUUAUGAGUUCGGCGCCAAUGCUGCUGGCGCUGUGCCGCCGCCCAUGGGCGGCGUUCCGGCCGCGGUGGUAGACCCGCUGGCAGGACAGUUUGGACAGAUGAAUCUGGGAGCACAGCAGCCGGCGCAGGUCUAUGGGCAGCCUCAGCAGCCCAUGAUGCAGCCCAUGAUGCAGCCAAUGCAGGCGCCGAUGCCUCCCCAACAUCCCCAGAUGAAUCAGCUCGUCACCACCGAUCUGAUCAGUGCGCCGUUCAAUGUCUACGAGCUCGACCAGCCACCACCGCCUAUCAAUCUUCCUCCAAACACUAGUGUUACUCCCUCCGAGUUCGCCAACUGCCCUCCCAAAUACGUCCGCUCGACGCUAAACAGCAUUCCGACCACCCAUUCUUUGCUCAAAAAGUCGCGGUUACCGCUCGCUCUUGUCAUCCAGCCAUACACUUCCUUGCACGAUGCGGAGGACCCGGUGCCCGUGGUUCCUGACCAGGUCAUUUCUAGAUGUCGGAGAUGCCGUUCCUACAUCAACCCCUUCGCGACUUUCCUGGACCACGGCCACCGCUGGCGCUGCAACAUGUGCAACCUGACAAACGACGUCCCUCAGGCUUUUGAUUGGGAUGCUGCUACCCAGCAGAGCGUGGACAGGUGGCAGAGGCCGGAGCUCAACUACUCCGUCGUAGAAUUUGUGGCUCCGCAGGAGUACAUGGUUAGGCCUCCGCAGCCUUUGGUCUACCUGUUCUUGUUCGAUGUUAGCUAUGCUGCGGUUACUAGCGGACUGCUGGCUACGGCUGCUCGUUGCAUUCUCGAGAGCCUUGACCGGAUACCCAAUGCGGACCGGAGGACGCGCCUGGGUUUCAUGGCUGUGGACUCUAGCCUGCAUUACUUCUCCAUCCCCCGCGAUGGCGGCGAGAACAGCGAUCCCAGAAUGUUGGUUGUUAGCGAUCUCGAUGAGCCUUUCCUUCCUACGCCCGAGGAUCUGCUUGUCAACCUUUCGGAAUGUCGCGCCAAUGUGGAGACCUUCCUGGACAAGCUCCAGUCCAUGUUCCAGGAUACUCAGAACGCUGGCUCUGCCAUGGGCUCGGCUCUGCGUGCGGGCCACAAGCUUAUUUCCCCGGUUGGCGGAAAGAUCACGGUGCUCAGCGCGUCACUCCCGAACGUUGGUUACGGCAAACUCGAGAUGAGGGAGGAUAAGAAGGUGCUUGGUACUAGCGGUGAAGGCAAGCUGCUGCAGACUGCCAACAGCUUCUACAAGAGUUUUGCGGUGGAGUGCUCGAAGAACCAGGUUUCGAUUGACAUGUUCCUCUUCUCCUCUCAGUACCAGGACGUUGCGACGCUCUCCAACCUGCCGAGAUACACUGGUGGACAGACUUGGUUCUACCCUGGGUGGAACGCAGCAAGGAGCGAGGAUGCGAUCAAGUUCGCUCGCGAGUUCAGUGAUUAUCUGUCCUCCGAGAUUGGUCUAGAGGCCGUGCUCCGUGUCAGAGCGACAACGGGUCUCCGCAUGAGCACAUUCUACGGCAACUUCUUCAACCGGAGCUCUGAUCUCUGCGCUUUCCCCGCCUUCCCCCGCGACCAAGCAUACGUUGUGGAGGUUGCUAUUGAUGAGACUCUGACGAAGCCCUUCGUCUGCAUGCAGACUGCAGUUCUCCACACGACCUGCAAUGGCGAGCGGAGAAUCAGAGUCUUGACCCUGGCAAUUCCCACGACCGACAACAUGGCUAACGUCUACGCGGGCGCUGAUGCGCAGGCAAUCACGCAGUACUUCAGUCACAAGGCUGUGGAGCGGGCUCUUGGAAGUGGACUUGACGCUGCUAGAGACGCGCUGCAGAGCAAGGUUAUUGAGAUUCUGCAGACUUACAAGAAGGAACUUGCUGGCGGCAAUAUUGGCGGCGGGCUGCAGCUGCCGGCCAACCUGAGGGCUCUUCCGGUGCUUUUCCUGGGCCUCAUCAAGAACGUUGGUCUGCGGAGAUCCGCGCAGAUCCCCUCUGAUCUUCGCGCUGCUUCGCUGUGCUUGCUCUCAACGCUGCCGCUGCCCCUGAUGAUCCAGUACAUCUACCCGCGGUUCUACUCGUUGCACGACAUGCCCGACGACGCCGGCGUGCCGGACCCAACCACGGGCGAGAUUCUGUUGCCGCCGCCCUGCAACCUGUCUUCGGAGCGCAUUGUGCCGUACGGGCUGUACCUGAUCGACGACGGGGUCAACCAAUUCCUGUGGGUGGGACGUGACGCGGUGCCGCAGCUGCUCAUCGACGUGUUUGGGGUGGACGACAAGAACGCGAUCAAGCAGGGCAAGUCGAGCAUGGCGAUUCUGGACAACGAGAUGAACGAGCGGGUGCGGGCGGUGAUUGAUAAGAGCAAGGAUCACCGGCUGAAGGGAGCGGGCAGCAUCACGGUGCCGACGCUGUACAUCAUCCGGGACGACGGCGACCCGAGCCUAAAGCUGUGGGCGCAGACGCUGUUGGUGGAGGACCGGGCGGACCAGGGCGUGAGUCUGCAGCAAUGGCUGGGCAUGCUGAGGGAAAAGGUGGUGCAAUAG